CUGGAUGUACAGUUCGCAGACGGCAUGUCCGCAAAGCAGCCCCCAGCUCCGCGAGGACGCAGCGGCGCGUGAACAUGCCCGCCCCGCCGUCGGGUAGAAAUAGCGCGCAUGUCCAGCGCGGGGCAUCGUCGCUAUAAGUAAGGAAGUAAAAUGGCGGACCUGGCAAACGAAGAAAAACCUGCCAUAGCUCCUCCAGUCUUUGUGUUUCAGAAAGAGAGGGCCCAGAAGAGAUCAGCUGAUGGAUCCAGUGCAGAAGAUGGUGAUGAUUCAGACAAAGAAGAUGGUGGUCCACCAGUGAAGAGAGAGAGAACAUCCUCCUUAACGCAGUUCCCACCGUCACAUUCUGUUUCCAAGAACAAUGUUUUCAUGCCAUCAAGUUUAUGUCAGUCGCCAUCUGGAAAUUCUGACUCUGAACCUGAAGAGAAGUCUUUUGGGUUCCGUCUGAAGCCCCCGAGGCUGAUCCACGGGCAGGCCCCCAGUGCAGGGGUCCCAAGCCAAAAGCCCAAGGAGCAGCAGCGCAGUGUGUUACGCCCCGCCGUCCUGCAGGCUCCGCAGCCCAAGUCCUUCAUCCUGUCCACAGUUCCAGACUCUAACAGCGGGACAAACGGAGUGAGUAAGUCCUCCGAGGGGCAGCUGACCUCGCGGAGCACCGCGGAGAGCUUGGAUGGCGUUUCAGAGGAGACGGCCAAAUCACAGGUGGAACAGAAUAGUGAACAUCUGGAAAUCAAAGAGAGCUGUUCUGUAGCAAGCGAAUCACAGUCGGGGGAGACUAACUACUUCUUACAGUACAUCAGCCCUCCCAGCUCAAAGAAGGUCUCUGACAAUGCCGAUUCAGGAUCAAAGUUUGUUUUUGGACAGAAUAUGUCUGAUCGUGUUCUGAGUCCCCCGAAGUGCAGUGAGUCGUCAGCAGAGGGCAGCAAAGAGCCCCAGGCUGCUCCGGGAUGCGAGACCACCUCAAAGGAUGCCACGCCUGAAAAAGCGAAUAGCGUCGCUGAGUCCUUGGAGGAGUCUGCGGCAGCCUACACCAAAGCCACCGCCAAGAAAUGCUUGUUGGAAAAGGUGGAAGUCAUCACUGGAGAGGAGUCUGAGAGCAACGUCCUGCAAAUUCAGUGCAAGUUAUUUGUGUUCGACAAGACUUCCCAGUCGUGGGUGGAAAGGGGCCGGGGUCUGCUCCGGCUCAAUGACAUGGCGUCCACCGACGUCGGGACCCUGCAGUCGAGAUUAGUAAUGCGGACCCAGGGAAGCCUGCGUCUGAUCCUCAACACGAAGCUGUGGGCCCAGAUGCAGAUCGAUAAAGCCAGUGAGAAAAGCAUCCGCAUCACCGCCAUGGACACUGAAGACCAGGGGGUCAAAGUCUUCCUCAUAUCGGCGAGUUCAAAGGACACUGGGCAACUGUACGCAGCCCUCCACCACCGCAUCCUGGCCCUGCGGAGCCGCGCCGAGCAGGAAGCCGAGACAAAGCCGCCCCCCCUGGAGACAGAGGUGCCCCCAUCCAACGAGGACGACAGUGACGAAGAUGACAUCGCCCCCGCGACCGGCUCCACCCCAGCCAGUGGCCCCCCAGAGGCUGGCGAGAGCUCAGAAGCCCCCACAGCCGGCAGCACAUAGCACCCCCUGUCUGCCUGCCAGGACACUGCGGCUGGCACGUUGCAGGCUCGGGCACCCAAGGGACUCCUCUCUCCAGUCCAGUCUUUUGGUGGUAGCCUCGAAGAGACGGUCCACGCCGGAUGUUUGACGGCUGAGCAGUUUAUUCUCUCUGCGUUCAUAGUAAACCAGGGUGAUUAUUUUUAUUUUUGUUUACUGAAAUCUCAGACCCCCUCCCCCUUCCCAGCAUUGGUUGAGGACUUUGCAUACUCAUCAUAUUGAUGAGCUAGAGGGUGCCCUGUAGAUGGAUUUGGGUCCCCCCACCCCUGCCCUGUGUGAGGUUAUGCACAUUUUAAGACUUGUUCCUGUUUAUGAUAUCAGAUCGCAUUAUUUGGCAGGAGAACAGAGACGUGGGACUUGCAGCAUGACUCAAAAUCAUCACCUGCCACAAUUUUGUUGUAAACUUACUUUGUAAUUUGCAUAUUAUCAUUCAUUGAAUGACCUCUGUUACAUGGUUACAUGGUUAUUUCUAACAUUGCGUAUUCCCUAGCUAUACUGCUUAGUCACUUUUUGGCAACUGGUUUAAUUUCACCCUGUUAAAAAAAUUAGGACAAAUAAAACUUGUUUAACACGUUUUUUCCAGUUGGUCUAUGCACAAAGGGUCAAAACACCAAUUUCAUUAUGAAAAUGUUACACUGUGUCCAGUAUCUGGCGUGCUGACGCUCGUCAUCUGAUUUGGUGUCUGCUUGCGUAUUGUGUGCUCUUUGAAAUUUGUACAUUUGAUCACCAGUUUGGAAUUGGUGUCAAUUUUUUGUGAAUAUUUGCCCAAUUCUUUAGGACAUUUUCAAUCUUUUGCAACAUUAAAUGUUCUGUGUUUAGUACAUUUCAUUUAGUAUUCAAUUUUUAUUUUUUUUAUUAUACAAUGGUCAUCUAUCACUUCCACAGGUGAUGUCUGAUACACGUGUUGCUGCUUGUGUUUUAAAGCUUUUUUUGAAAAUCCACUUGCAGGGGUGUGAGGUUCUCUGCUCAAAAUGGGGUUGGACGUCACAUUCAGCAGGUAAUACAGUACCUACCCUCUCACUAAAGCGUAAACUGCAUUCAGAGGCUUCGCUGCUGCUGCCUCUCAUUGAUUUGUGCAUCGCGUAAUGAUCCACUGUGGUGGCGAGAUUCAAGCUGAUUGGAGAAAGUGCUCUGUGAUUCCUGAGUAAACUGUUCGAACAACUUAAUGGACCUCGUAAUAACUUCCGCUUAUGUAACUCUAGCUUUUGUCUGAUUAGGCAGCAUUUCUGGAGCGUCCCUUAACAUUUUUGCUGUUGAUGCUGUGAGCGCCGUGGUGACGGAUGUUGUCAGCAGGGGGCGCAAUGGGCCAGAACAAACCCAGGACACGCACAUAGGUCUGGAGUUGCACACGUAUAUGCUGAGACAUGCUAUUAAAGCACUCCUUAAGGAGGUGACACUUGUCUGCACCAGGUUUUGGACUGGGAGAGAUCCUCUUGGAAUACUAAGUUAUUCAGAUUAUGGCAUCGCACAACAAGUGAGCAGCCUGCAGGUCACAGUCAUUGCAAUAAUUGUUUUGCUCUUCGCCACCUUCAUGUCGGGCAAAUGCAUUUCUAAAUAAGGUUUAGGACUGGGUUCUAUUUUCAGAUCAGAUUAUGCAUUUUUCUUUUUAUAAUUCAAAGAUUUUGUUUUGCGUGUGUUUCCAAAGAAUUUGACUACUGGCACCUUAUUUCAAAGCUUGCUUUGGGUUCGGCCAAUAAUCCCUUUUUCGCCUAUGUUACAUAUUGAACACCAGGUGGCGCUGUACAUACAUGAGGGCAAGAUAAGUCACCAGUCCGUUCAUGGCAAAAAUACCCCUAUUGUAAGAUAAAUGGUAAAUCAUGUAAAUGCCCUUGUUUUGAACAUUUUUUUUCAAGUUUAAAAUUGGUUGAUAUCAAAAUGUUUAUGUGCUCCUUUUCUUGUGUGGUAGCAGGCGUUUUGAUGUGAAAAUAUGUAUUUUAACUUAAAGGGACAAUACAAAGUAGAAGUACCGAUGGAGAUGUGUAAAAAUUCCUUGUGUAUAUUCUUGAACAGGCAGCCUUAUAGUGUAAAGGGGUAAUUCCUUCUCAUUUUGUACUGUUCACUGCAGUUCGUAGGUGUCACCGGUUUUCGUGCUUAACUCUUGUUUUAUAUUAUGCUUAUGUAGCAAGAUACAAAGGAUGACUCCUCUGCACACAGGGCUCACAAAUGAAUGUGUCGUGUUUGUACAGUUUAAGGCAUUGUUUCCCAGUACUGUGGAAUUUUAAAAUAUAAAUGCAAUGGAAUUGGCUUUAACAGCUUUUUUUUUUUAAAGUCCUUUUUUUCCUGUCCUGUUUACAUUUGACUUGGGCUGUUUACUGCAAAUGGGAAUAAGCAGUGUGAAAGUUUAUUCCAACACGUCGGAAAGGUUCUUUUUCUGCUAUAAUACUAGUGAAAUACAAAACGCUGCUGGUUUUUUGUAGGAAUCCCUCUGGUUUUGCGUUUGCACACAGAUCCUCCCUGUUACUAUUUAACACUUAAUCAUUUUAGAUAAAAAUCAUUGGCCCAUUUUGUGGUGUUAAUUGUAGAAUUUUCAUGAGAUUUUUAAAAAAAACUUUAUUUCUCCUUCCUCCAUUGAACCUUCAUUACAUUUUAAUGGUAUCCGUCUAAACUUAUUCGUCAUUUUGACCUUAAGAGCAUAAACCAGUGUGUUAUACGCACAGCUUGUUAUAGUUGCUGUGUUAUUCAACAUAGUUUCUUUGCCUUUCUUAAUAUUUUAAAUAGCAGAUUUCCACACCCUGACACAUUUCAGCGUUCCGGACCCCCUGCCUCCGAGUCUCAGGCAUGUGAGGGUGAAUCCCAGGCCGUGUAGGUUUGAGUGUCGAGGUGCUUUUACGUUCGUUUGAGCAGCUUGUGUUCAGACUCUCUCCAGCUUACAUAUGAAUAUUUUAAUCUUCUCCCUGCUGGAUUCAUUUCAGUGCAAAGUUGGGUUAUAACAAGCAAUGCAGAAGUAUGAGUCUGUUUUCAACAUACUGUAGGUAAAAUGUUGACGGUAUUGAAUUUGGGCAUUAAACUGGAAUUACGAGAUGUAAACACGCAAAGCUACACAACUAACUGAAUUGUGUGUGUCUGUGUAUAUAAAAUAUAUAUCACACACACAUUUUACGGUUGUAUCAUUGCUCUUAUGAGCUUAUAUCUUAUUAAAGGUAAAUCUUUCCUCUGACAUCCAAAAGACAGACCUGCAAAUGGUAAUUUGUGACCUUUUACUCAAACUUUAAACCGUGAUGAUUUAUUAGUACUUUUCCUGCCUAAAGUUACUCAGAGCAGUAAGGUUUUUGGUUUUUCUUCUGGAGGUGUAAAGUAAUUUUGAGCGAGGAAUGGGAAUUUGACUGGCCACAAAAUCAGAAUUCAUUUUUGAGCCCUGUUAUCAACUGUCCAGACUAACUUCACAUGCUUUCAGCUUCAGUAAAAACAAAUUUCUAAUCUGAGACUAUCACUUGUGUUUUAAAAUGGUUUAUGUGAAACUGUCCUAUCAAAAUGUAUUUGAUUACAUUAAAACUUUUAACAAAA